AUGAGAUUGGCGGAGGAGAAGGAGGAGGACAAGACGGCCGGGAAUAGUAACGGGUAUUACAUACGGCUGUUAUCAGAGGUCGUCUUUCCCAAGGUCUUCAAUGGCUUUGGCUGUAGUGCUCUAAACCAACCACACUGCUCAGCAAGAAUCGCCCUUCCCACAACUCCAUCCACAAUACUCUGAACAUGUAGCAUCCCAGCACCACAAAUCCACAUAAACAGUCCCGACAUUUACCUGCGAUGGAGGCUUAAGGUACUCAGCUCUGUAGGCCUUUGCUCAGGCUUUAACAGAGUAAAACAGACAAUCCCUCAACCACACAGGGCAGAGUGAAAGUCGACUGGAAGAGCAUUUCUUCAUUACAAUGAAGAAGGCCAUGCUGCGCUACAUCCUGUCUUGGCUCGUGAUGCAUACGGGGAACAUGUUUUUGGGAUCUUACGCUUGUUUGGCCAGUGGGACAACUCGCUCCUUUUUGUGUCUUGGCAGCAAAGUGCAUCAGAUGCCCCACCAUAUCCCAAUAAAUACCACAUAUGUAGAGAUCAAGCUGACUCAGAUCAUCAUAUUUCCAUAUCGGGCCAUGUCAUCGCUUCAUGACCUUAAGCGAAUAAUGGUGUCGGAGAACGGAGCCCUCCAGCGUAUUGAAGCCUACGCAUUUGCAAACCUGACAAUACUGGAAGAGAUUACUAUUACUAAAUCAAAAAAUCUGGUUAGUAUGGACAGAGACACGUUCUGGGGACUUCCAAAACUGAGAUAUCUGACUAUUUCAAACACAGGUCUCACUGUCUUACCUGACUUCUCCAAAGUCCAGUCUGCUGCUUUUGAAUUCCUGUUUGACCUAGAAGAUAACAUGCAUAUUGAGGUGAUACACAGCAAUGCUUUCGCAGGACUUACCAGCGGUACAAUAACCGAACUGAGACUGACAAAGAAUGGCAUCACUGAGGUGGAAAGAAAUGCCUUCAAUGGCACCAAAAUGGAAAAACUGUUUCUCAUGGGAAACCAACAGCUGAAGCGUAUUGACAACCACGCCUUCCUCGGUGCUGAAGGCCCCCUCGUUCUGGACAUCUCCCGCACUGCAAUCAGUUCCUUGCCAGAGAACAUGCUGAGGAGACUGAAGCUUCUGAUUGCCACCUCAGUCUACUCUCUGAGAUGGUUACCCAACCUUGAGAUAUUUGCAGAGCUAACUCAAGCCAACCUUACGUACCCCAGCCACUGCUGUGCCUUCAAAAACUUCAAAAAAAACAAGUUAGAGAAGAACCAUCUGUGUAACGUUUCUACCAUCCGCAACCAGGAGCCAUACUUCUUUGAGGAGCACUGUAAGGAUGUGAUAGAAGUGAGCUGCUACCCUGAGCCAGAUGCCUUCAACCCGUGCGAGGAUAUCAUGGGCUUCACUUUCCUGCGUGUCCUCAUCUGGUUCAUCAGUGUGUUGGCUGUAUUGGGAAAUUUCACAGUUCUGCUAGUACUCCUCAGUAGCCACACAAAGCUGACAGUGCCCAAGUUCCUGAUGUGCCAUUUGGCAUUUGCUGAUUUCUGCAUGGGCCUCUACUUGCUGAUAAUCGCCUCAGUGGAUUUACUAACUCAGUCGCGCUACUACAAUCAUGGCAUUGAAUGGCAAACGGGUCCCGGGUGUGGCACGGCUGGCUUCCUCACGGUUUUUGCGAGUGAGCUUUCUGUAUACACACUAACAGCCAUCACGCUCGAGCGUUGGCAUACCAUUACCUACGCCAUGCGCCUGGAGCGUCAAAUGCGCUUACACCAUGCAUGUUGUGUCAUGGCUUUUGGAUGGGUCUUUUCAGUGCUUGCAGCUCUAAUGCCCGUGAUUGGCGUGAGCAGCUACAUGAAGACCAGCAUCUGUCUACCCAUGGAUGUCGAGACGGUGUCAUCACAGGUCUACGUUAUGCUUCUGCUUUUUCUUAACGUGCUCGCGUUUUUGGCCGUAUGCUCUUGCUAUGUGCGCAUCUACAUCACGGUGCGGCAUCCUGCCUCAGUGCCCGACAGUGCCGAUGCCCGUAUGGCAAAGCGUAUGGCUGUGCUAGUUUUUACAGACUUCCUGUGCAUGGCGCCCAUCUCGUUCUUUGCCAUCUCAGCAGCUCUCAGGCAACCGCUUAUCACCGUGUCACAUGCCAAGGUGCUUCUUGUGCUCUUCUACCCCAUCAAUUCAUGCGCCAAUCCCUUCCUUUAUGCCAUCUUCACCAAGAGUUUCAGGCAGGAAUUUUUUGUUCUCACCAGCCGCUUUGGCUGCUUCGAGUCACGUGCUCGUGUCUAUCGUAUAGAAACAUCUUCUCUGCAUAAUGGCCCUAUGAUGCGCUCACCCAUGAGUAGUGAUGGGACGUUAUACUCUUUGGGGCAUGUUACUCAUCCCCACUGACUAAAUUCCUAAACUUCACACAACAUUUUUCUCUACAUAUGAUUUAUGCUGCUUGGACUUAAAAAACACACACACACACACACACACACA